UCGUAGUUCGCGCUGCGCUGCCCGUGGGCUGGGCCGGGCCGGGCCGGGAGGCGGACUGUGUUUCCCGGCGUGCCCGCGGGUGGUGGCAUGGCGGAGAAGGAUGACACCGGACUUUGACGAAGAAGUGGUGUUUGAGAACUCUCCUCUUUACCAGUAUUUACAGGAUUUGGGACAUACCGAUUUUGAAGUAUGUUCAGCUGUGUCACAGAAGACAGAACAAUGCACAGCAGAGGAGGGACAACAAGGACAGACUGCCCAGACCACCCAGAAACAAGGCACCCUCUCAAAACUACCUGAACUCUUCAGAAGCUGGUUUCCUUUUUCACCAUGUAAGAAAAAAGAUGACAUACUCUACCAACUGGAUGUUGGAUUUCGACUUGAUGCACUCCGGACUAUCCUGCAACAGGAAGUUCUGCUACAGGAGGAUGUGGAACUAAUUGAGCUGCUCGACCCCAGUAUCCUGUCUGGAGGGCAGAGCAAGCAACAGGAAAAUGGACACCUUCCAACUCUACGCUCCCUAGCAACUCCUAAUAUUUGGGAUGUCUCAUUGCUGCUUGCCUUUGUCAGUGCAUUUAUUGUGCUUCCUUCUUGGUGGAGUUGGUCAUUUUGGCCAGUGUGGGGACUCAUUCUUUCAGUCUAUGUGGUUGUACGAGUGUGGGGCACUUGGAGGACAGCGAAACUACAAAUGUCCCUGCGAAAAUACAGUCUCCAGCUGGAAGACACAGUGGCACACAGCCGAGCUUUCACUAAUCUUGUGAGAAAAGCUCUGCGACUCAUUCAGGAGACAGAAGUUAUUUCCAGAGGAUUUACCCUUUUGCUUGACAGGGUCAGUGCUGCUUGCCCAUUUAAUAAAGCUGGACAACAUCCUAGUCAGCAUCUCAUUGGUCUUCGGAAAGCUGUUUACAGAUCUGUCAGAGCAAACUUCCGAGCUUCAAGACUGGCUACUCUGUACAUGCUGAAAAACUACCCUCUAAACUCAGAGACUGACAAUGUGACCAACUACAUCUGUGUAGUUCCUUUUAAAGAGCUGGGUCUUGGACUGAGUGAAGAGCAGGUGUCUGAAGAGGAGGCACACAACCUCACAGAUGGCUUCAGCCUGCCUGCACUCAAGGUUCUGUUUCAGCUCUGGGUAGGACAGAGUUCAGAAUUCUUCAGACGGCUAGUACUGCUGCUGUCUUCAACUAAUGCAUCCCCUAAGCCCUUGAUCACCCCAGAACGUUUGCCUCAUCAUAUUUUGUCUGACGUGACUCAAGGUCUACCUCACACUCAUGCUGCCUGCUUAGAAGAGCUUAAACGAAGCUAUGAAUUUUAUCGGUACUUUGAAACACAACAUCAGUCUGGAUUGGAACGUUCAACCAAAAGGAAACAAAAGUCAAGAGAGCUGAACAGCCUUCAUAUAGCAGUGCGCAGUUUGCAGCUUCAUCUCAAGGCCCUGCUAAAUGAGGUAAUAAUUCUUGAGGAUGAACUCGAAAAACUCGUUAGUUCUAAGGAGACACAAGAACUACCAACAGAGGCAUAUCAGGUUCUUGAACAAAAACUAAAGUUGAUUCAGCCACACGUCCAAGCGAGCAACAGCUGCUGGGAAGAGGCCAUUUCUCAGGUGGAAAAAAUGGGUCGAAGAAACCCAGACAUAAAAGGUAAACCUGAAGUAACUUUUGAUAACACACACUGUACCAUGCUACCUUUACUAGAGUCCACCCUGCACAUAGAGGACAAAGACCCAGUCCCUGAAGAGCAGGAAUUGGAAGCAUAUGUUGAAGAUACAGAUAUGGACAGUGAAUACAGAACAGAUGACUUUUACUGCUUUUCCCAGGAAGAGAGGGAGAGACAAAGACAUGAGAGGGAAGAGUCUAAAAGAGUAUUACAAGAACUGAAAUCUGUGUUGGGUUUUAAGGCUUCGGAGGCAGAAAGGCAAAAAUGGAAGCAGCUACUAUUUAGUGACCAUGCUGCGGUGAAACCCUUGUCUCCUGUAGAACCAGUGGAACCCAUAAAUAAUUUGGAAUCACCUAUGAAUUCAGAUAUAGGAAAACAGGAUGGCAUCCAAGGUAGUGAUGAUUCUGAAGAAAGAGACUCAAAUGCAAAACCACAUGCCACUGAGAAAAGGAGGACUGAAUAUUUGUUUGAAGAUCCAGUAACGGUCGAAAACAAAGACAUUGCUCCUGGGGAAGGUGCAUCUCCAGUGGCUGAAAAAAGAACAUGUUAUCAGGGUGAAGGUGAAGGUGAAGAAUCCAUACUACCCAUUGUGGAUGGACUGGAGACUUCACAGACACCUCUAAGAGAUGCAUUACAAUCCUCCAUCAGACAUAGGCUGGCUCAGCUCCAUAUAUCAACAGAUUUCAACUUUACAUCUGGUCUAGCUGCACAGGUUGCUGCCAGAUCACUUACUUUUACUACAAUGCAAGAACAGACUUUUGGAGAUGAGGAGAAGGCGGAAGAGGAGUUGCAGGACAGUGAAAAUCAUAUGCAAGAGAACAAUGAUGAAGGCACAGUCUCUGAAAAUGGAGAAGCAUUAAAAGUCCCUGAUGAACUUGGUUAAACAAUGCAUUGCCUACUUGAAUUCCAUAAAAAGCAGGUGUUGGGAAUAGCCAAGGCUUGGGCUUAGAGAAAAACAUACCGGCUGGCAGAAACAGAGACAGAAAUGUAAUAUGUACUGUUCCCUGUAUUUGACACACUCAGUAGGGUUUGCCAAGUACUUUGAUGAUAUGCAGGUAAGCUAAGGAGUUAUAGUGUGUGGACCCAAAGAAUAGUUGUGUAUCUCCUCCUGAUGAUACUAAUGGGUUUUGGAACAUAAAUAUUUUAUGUUUAUUUAUUUAUAUGUUUCUUUUUUUUCCUAAAAAGAAGAGAACAUUCUUGCUUUCAUUUUUAGCAGACUCCAUUUUUCAUUUCAUGAUUUUACUUGUCAUAGCAUCAUCAGUUAUAACAGAAAUAGUCAAAGUGAUUCUGUCUGAAGAACGUAAACUGUACUGUGUGAUCCUCCCUACCACCUUUCCUUCAUCUUUACUGUCUUCUGUAUUUGGGUUAACUAUAUUAGGUAUUUGUAACUUCAAGACUAAGAAUGCUCCCGAAGCUAAAUUUUAAAUAAAAACAUGAAAAACCUAAUAAUGUAUAUGUCCUGGGAUAUUGGGCUAAAGUAGUAUGAAUUUAGCUGCAUAUCAUAUAAAGAUUCCAAAUAUAGUUAAUAAAGGGUGAAUAGAUGAUUGAUAAGAGUUUAUAAUUGCAUUAUAGAAAGUUUUAGUAUGUGUUAUAGAAAAUUUAUAAACACAUUAGUAGAAAGUACUAUAGAUGGUUAGAAGUAACUUGUUGGACUUGAUUAGCAGUUGAUUAUUGAUUUAUUAAAACACCUAUUAAUUGUUCAUUGGCCCUUUGUAAACUGAAUCUUAAUAUAAAGUUUAACUUAGAUUAUUUGCACAGGGUUACAAAACACAGUGCUGUAUAUGUUUUGUUGUACAUCUCUAUUCAUGUCCUGGAGUAAAUUCUUAGGCUAAGUUAAAUGAGUAGUUUCUUUAAGGUUAUACAGUAAUUUUGUUUAGAUGUCAUAGCUGCUAUUUUCUAAUGUUGUUUCACUUUUCUUUUGAUAACGUGUUUGAUAAAGAAAUCAGCAGAGACCAUGAACUUACUCCAUUCUAGUUAAGCUGUAUCUUGUAACCCAGUUGAAAUCUAAAUUGAAACAUUCAAUAUAGGCCUGUAUUAGUUCUUUGAUGUGGAAAGUAGCUCUGCCCUGGAAAAAGGCACCCCUCUAGAGAAGGGGAGAGCCAUGGUUUCAGUGGGUGCUUUGAUACAGCCCUCUGAUGCAUCUCCCAAGUAAGGGUUCCAUGGCUCUGAGUGAAACAGAUUUCCAAUCAGAAAUCACCCCAUUAACAGCUCUUGUUAAUUCUUCUCUACACUGGCUGACAGCUUGUGGUAGGAGUAUGAAGCAG